AUGUUCAGCCGAAUAGAAGUGACCUAUCCCAAAAUCUCCUCUUACCAUGUUGUUUCUCAAGGAGAUGACAAUGAAUUGCGCGUUCUUCGUUCUUUCUUUGAUUUAACUGGCUUGUUCUGUCGGGCGACAAGAGGGUACACCUACGUUUCUGAAGUCCAAUGCGGCAUCAAUUUCGUCCAUGACAUACAGUGGUGUAGGCUUGUAAUGUUCUGCGUUACCACCCAUUGUAAUCAUCUGGUACAUCUCCUUAAGGCGGAGCGAGAUGAUGCUAAAGCCUUCCAUGAAUCCAUUCAAUCGAGCGGAUCGAAGGCCGUCAAGACGAGCUUUAGCACUGUCGCGAGAUGCAAGGGCAGUAUUGAGAUCCGCCGAACGAGCUUCGUAGAGGUCAACAGGGGAGUUCUGCGUCUUCUCUUCCAAAGCUGCAAUAGUAGCUUUCAAAGACUCCUUAUUCAUCUCUAA